ACUGUCUUUAACCCUUCAACAUAUACACACAGACAAAGCAAAAGUGAAAACACAGCAAGGCACCCUUGCAGACAACAAUAAAAAAUGAAAGCUGUAUGCUUUCAAUGGGGACAAAGUGGCGCCAUCUGGUGGACAAAUCUAAAAAUAUAAAGUUAAGCAGAGGUCCAACGUAAAGGACUGCAUUAGUUUAUGAAAAGCUAAAUGUAGAGUCUAAAAUAUGAAUUGAAGCAACAGAUAUGACAGCUGUAAAAUGCAUGUGAUGGAUGUGCUGAUGCUGAUUUUGGGGACGCAUGUACAGUAUGUUUUUUCCUCCUUUAAUGGACUGACUGCAGGAGGACUCCCUGGUGAAUGCGUGCAUCUUUAAAAGUGUGUUCCUCAUUUGUCCUCCAGGGAAUGCUGAUGCAAGAGCAGAGGCAGCAAGAAGCUGAUAGACGAAGGAAGGAGUUGGGCUGGAUAAUAGAUGACCCUAUUACUUGGACACUUCCCUUUGGAAUGAGCCGUCUCUCCGAGGAAGCCUGCUAGACUUCAUGCUGUGCUGCGCACUCAGGAUGGAAGGUCGAGUCUGCGCCGUCAUUAAGCCCAGCUUUAAGGAAGACGUCCUGAUGGUGGUGCACGGGAACGCAGCCAGGCGAGUGAAUAAAUGCACGGGACAUGUCAUGGAUAUCCAUGCAUGGCUGUUUACCUCAUCACGUGUCAUCAUACAGCGAGGAGGCUCAUAACCUCUCCUGGCAUCUGGGAGGAGCUCCACCAUGACGAGGCUGCUAAUGGACCGCAGGAAAGUUUGUUUCCACAACGGUGGGCUUUGCUAUGUGGUCGUCUGAUUACAUCAGUCCUGUAAACUCUUCAUGUAGUCGUUUUUGUUUAAAAUUCUUCUUAUUAUUUAUCAGUCUAACGAUUUGUGAAAGGAUUUUCAUUGGAUGAUUUUUUUAUUUUAAUUCCACAGUCAACAGGACCAUUGAAACCCUGUGGAAAUAACAAAUAAAGCUUUUUUUUUUUGGAAAAAGUCAUUCCUGACGCCAUGGACCACCACGCCACCUCCGUCAGCUUUACACUGGUGGAUGAAGGCGGCACGGAGGACCAGCGCUCCCUCCUGCCUCCGCCGAGGACGCUUUCACCCCGUCGGGCCUGCCCUCCCCAGUGCGGGCUACACCACACGAUGCAGAGGUCGGUGGACCACACGGUGUGGCUGGACAGGACCCAGGCCAUGGCCACCAUGCCUUUAUACAACGGCCACCUUUGCCCCAGAGCCUCUCCGUGCUCUGUGAGGAGAGGAGACAAAACGAAAGGCAAGGACAGGAAAAGGUCAGAGGGUUGCAAACAAUCCCACAAGGAGCGUAAUCACAAAGGCAAAGCCAAAAACUCAAACGCUUCUAGACCCCAGGAGAAAGUGUCCUCCUUCAAUGACGUUUCCCCUUGCGGGUCACCCUUUAAGAGCUGCAGAAGGCAAGUCCACGUCAAGGAUGCAAGGAGGCCAGCUCACCUUUCCUUGGAGAUGAACGACCGCCAGAGCCUCCCAGAGAUCAUCAUCACCAGCAGGGACGACGAGUCUCCACCGUCGGAGGCAGCGGGCCUGCUGCCGGGGUCCGAGUGCAACGCCCCCCUAACUCCGCAAUCCAGUCCCAAACACAAGGCGGACACGAAGGACGACCAGUACUGGAAGACCCACAGCAUCGGCUGGCGGCUGGUGCGUAGGAGGGCUCUGUUUCUCCGGAGGCAGCGCCUGAACGACUGCGCUCUUGCUGUGGGGAUUUUUGGCAUGGUCAUGAUGGUGAUGGAGACGGAGCUGUCCUGGAGCGUCUACAGCAAGAGCUCCGUCUUCUCACUCACGCUGAAAUCCAUCAUCAGUGUGUCCACCAUCAUCCUGCUGGGCCUCAUUGUGGCGUACCACUGCUGUGAGGUGCAGCUCUACAUUCACGACAGCGGGGCGGAGGAUUGGCGCAUCGCCAUGACGACCGAACGUUUGGCCCUGAUAGCGCUGGAGCUGGCGGCGGUGGCCAUCCACCCCUACCCGGUGGGCCUGCUGGCAUACUUCCAGCAGACCACGGCGUCGCUGCCGCUGUCUGAGACGGAGCUGGAGAUCGUGCUGGCGCUGCCCAUGUUCCUCAGGCUCUACCUGCUGGGCCGUGCCAUGAUGCUGCACAGCCGACUCUUCACCGACACGGCGUCACGCAGCAUCGGGGCGCUCAAUAAGAUCCACUUCAACACCCGCUUUGUGGGCAAAACCCUGAUGACCACCUAUCCGGGCACCGUGCUCAUGAUCUUCAGCGUCUCCCUGUGGAUCGUGGCCGCCUGGGGCCUCCACGUGUGUGAGAGACACCACAACUACAGGGACCUGAGCAGCAACUACAUGGAGGCCCUGUGGAUGGUCUCCGUCACGUUCUUGUCCAUCGGCUACGGGGACGUUGUCCCUCACACCUAUUGUGGGAGGAGCAUCUGCCUCCUCACAGGGAUAAUGGGAGCGGGCUGCACCGUGCUGGUGGUGGCGGUGGUCGCACGCAAGCUGGAGCUGACGCGAGCUGAGAAGCACGUGCACAACUUCAUGAUGGACUCGCACAUCUCCAAAAGGAUAAAGAUUGCAGCAGCGAAUGUUCUGAGAGAGACGUGGCUUAUCUACAAACACACCAAGCUAUCCAGGGAAAAGGACCACACCAUGGUCCGAAUGCACCAGCGGAAGCUGCUGCUGGCCAUCCACCAGUUGCGGCGUGUGAAGGUGGAGAAGAGGAUCCUAGCCGAUCAAGGUAGCACACUAGUGGACCUGUGCAAGGUGAGAGAGGCAAGUGGAUGCAUCAUCUCCGGACCGGACAGUCCCAGAAUCCCAUACGAGCGCAUACCCAUACCUUGUGACCCUUGUUAUCUCACAGAUGCAGACCCUCUUGUACGACGUCCUGGCCGAGGUGCAGGGCUGCAGGUCCGAGUUGGACACGCACAUCCACGGCUUGGAGAAACACGUGGAGGAGUUAAGGGAGGGUUUCCGGAGCCUCAUGCCGCUCCUGUCCAACACUUUGUCCAUGCAGAACUCCUCCAUCCGACACCUGCUCAGGGAGAGAGAGGAGAAAAGCGAGACAGCAGGAGGGGGUGGUGACAGGUAGACGAGUUGCGCCCCCGGUGGAGGAAGUUAGUAUUGCUGCUUUUGUGCACGUCAUUUGGUACACUUACUUGCACAUGAAAUCCUGUACAAAUUCUCCUUUAUAGAUUGACACUGCCACUUAGCAUAGCAUCUUUUCUUGCUAAAACCACACCAAUCACAAAAACUAAUAUGACAAUACCUUUUGAAGGUAAAAUGUCAAACGUGCUAAUUUUAUAUGCAAAAGCUGUUUGUUUCAUUUAUGGAAAGAAUUGGCGACUAGGACAAGGGUUCUCAACUUCAGCAUUAAUUUUGCUACCUCCACUUGCAAUCACAUUUGCUUCCAGCAUGAGCAAAUUCAAAUGCAACUUUUAAUACAUUUGCAUUUCUUUAAAAAAAAAAAAAAAGUGUUCCUGAGUACCACUAGUGGCACUCUGAGCUUGAGUGACUAUCCUAUGCAGUUUGCUACCAAUGUCCCCGAGUAGCUUUAUGUACCAAAUGAAAAACUGCACUUUCUCUGUUGUAACGUAGCAGUAACUGAAUGGUGGGAGUGUGAUGUGAAAAUCUUCAUUUCUAAUAAACAAUUAAACCAAACAUUUGUUUAGCCAAAACAACAUUUUAUUGAGAGAGGCAAGAAUGGAGGGUGGAGUUACAGCGAUCUUUCAAGCACAGACCAAGUCUGUCAUUGCAUACAUUUGCCAGAUCUCGGGUUGAUCUUCCGGGGUCACCGCUGACAUCGACCGGUCCAUCCCUUCCUCUCCCUUUCAGCUCCGGGAAGAACAUUUUAGUGCUGCUUCCUCCUAAAAGAGCACCCUGCAGCAAAGCACAUUGACAGAAUGAACAAAAGCCUUUGCCAGUCAGCGUUUUACCACCACAUGCCAUCCCAAGCUGUGCUUCUACAACACGCAUGCUAACACAGUGGAGCUAAGCUCCAUUGCUUGUUCUCAGUCUUCGAAAGGGGGGAGCCAGUGGUCUAGCUCAACCCUUCUGCAAACUGAGGUUCUUCUAGCACUGGAAUGAGAUUGGAAAACCACGACAGAGGAAGUCCAGUCACUUAGCAGUGCAGCAAAAUGCAUCCCAAUUAGCUUGUGGAUAAGUCGUGUCACAUUUAGUGCGUGUCAGCAUUUGGCUCUAGCUUUCUAUAUGCACACAUUUAAACUUGACCAACAAAGUACACAAUACCCUGACGUUAAGGUGUACAAAAGUUGUUUUACUGACCCUCUGUGAGACGGGCUUUGCCUCCGGUGGGCUGACACAGGACUGUCGAACAGCCCACACACAGCACGACCGUCUGUGCGUGGCUGAACACUGUCGUGAUCUUGUAGCAUCCUGCAAACCACCCACACACAAAACCAGUCAGUCAGAUCAUUAGGUACACACACACUUUGUAAUUCACUUUAAAAAACCAAGUUAUGUUACAUUCAUAUUUUGUUUAAUGUUUAUUUGUAAUUCUUUUCUUUUUUUUUUUUUAAAUCCAAGCGUUAUAAAAAUAUUUUUUUUAUUUAGAUUUGUAAACUUUAAAAAUCACU